CAGACCAACGCCGAAGAGCAUACCAAACGACCCAUGAACAACUUCAUGCUCUACCGCCAGCAUGUACAGAAGGCCGUCGAGAAGCAGCUCAAGAAAAAUCAGGAUUCGACCAACUUAUCAAAAGUAAUUGGUGCGAUGUGGGUUCAGCUACCCCCACAGACCCGGAAGUACUGGACUGAUCUGGCCGACGAGGUCAAGCUGAAGCACGCCGAAAGGCAUCCUCAUUACAAGUAUAAGCCG